AAGGACAGCACUGAAGUAGUGUUUAUCUCGAAGUCUUAUCGCGCUAAACACAUCAUCGUUCUGCACUUCUUAUGGAGCGGUGCAGGCACUACAGCACAAGUCGAUGACGCCUAAAAAUUUACCCUAGCUAAACAACCAAGCCCAGUGCGGCAAACAGCCGCAGCUUUCGUAGUUCUCAAAUGAUCCAGACAUUCAUUUAAUUAUAUACGAAUACUGGAUUGCUCACCACGCCACCACACCAAUUAGAAGUGUCUCUACGCCAGCUAAUCGUCUUAUCUCUCAGCAUUAAUGAAACUUCCCUUGAGGCAGUCAAGAUUUACAUGAUAUUCAGAUGUGCUCGUCUUAAGUGAAGUCUUAAAAUAAUCGGCGUGAUUCCCUAUAUAAUGCCACAUUCCUAUAUAGUACACAGUCAUCUUCGCUGCAACUUCUUUAUCGCGACCUCUUUCAACUCUACAUGGUGAAUAACAUCUAAGUAAAGGAUUUCGCGUUAGCAUAGUAAACUUGGGCACAUUUCCGAUAAUCUGGACUAUUUAUUUAUUUAUUUAUUUAUUUAUUUAUUCCUUCAUUUAUUUACUUACUUAUUAUGCUUGACAUCUGAAAGCAGCGCAAGGAAAAUGGAAGGCUCUCAUAUAUAUAUAGCACCUCAGCUUGUUUUUUUUUUUUUUAAUAUCCCCGUUAACUUAUUUGCAAUCAGGCUCCCCGUCAAAUUUUGCUGUCGCGGUCAGGAAUCAAACCGUCAGCCUCACGCCCGGCAGCAAAAUGCCAUAAACCUAAUAUGGCGGCAGUGUCAUUGCUUUUUACUUGUUUCAUUUUUGAUGAGAGGCGUAUUCUUUACAAAGAAUAAACAGCUUCAACUUUCAGCAUCAUUUCUUUAUUAGGAUUCAAUACGUAUAUGCUACAUCUUGAGCUGUAACCUACACGUGAGCAGCAACUACAUCCACAGCGAAUAUUAUAUUGCUGUAGUGUUCGUUAAAUGGGCAAAUGGUUGGUAUAUUUAGGUUCGGCUGGCUGAAGGGACACUUUUGAGCGGUCCGAAAAUUACUAGGUUUCAGUAUAGCCAACAUGCAGUAGUACAAUAUGUGACUCUACCUACACUGGUGACUGGUCUCGAACCAAAACCAAACAACACAAGUUACAUUUAUGCCUUCAUUACAUAAUGUUUAUUAAACGCUUCUCUUACCAGGCGUCCUCAGCCGAGAUGACAGGACAGACGCCUUCGUAUUACAGCGUAGCAGAGGCAUCGCAUUCGGCAAGCACUGAAGCGAGCCCCGAGGAAAUGACAGCGUCCGUCGAAACGUAUAACGCUACUGACCUUAUCCCGGAGUUCACAGUUGAAAUGAAAGGACAACCACUGUCAACUUAUAGCGCGGUGAAAACUACGGAGACUCCACCCGUCGAAGAGAUCACAGAAGAAAGCUCAGCAUCCAUGGAACCCUUUAAUGUAACCGGUUUUAUUCCGGCGUCUUCGACUGAGAUGACGGAAAAGAGGAACUCGGAAUACACCGCAGUAGAGACGUCGGAGUCACCGGGCAUCGAAUUCCGGGACCUAGAGCAAACGUUGGCAUCCAUGCAACCUUACGACGUGACUGACUUUAUUCCGGCGUCCUCAGCCGAGAUGACAGGACAGACGCCUUCGCAUUACAGCGUAGCAGAGGCAUCGCAUUCGGCAAGCACUGAAGCGAGCCCCGAGGAAACGACAUCGUCAGUCGAAGCGUAUAACGCAACUGACCUUAUCCCGGCGUCUUCGACUGAGGUGACGGAAAGGAGGAACUCGGAAUACACCGCAGUAGAGACGUCGGACUCACUGGGCAUCGAAUUCCGGGACCUAGAGCAAACGUUGGCAUCCAUGCAACCUUACGGCGUGACUGACUUUAUUCCGGCGUCCUCAGCCGAGAUGACAGGACAGACGCCUUCGCAUUACAGCGUAGCAGAGGCAUCGCAUUCGGCAAGCACUGAAGCGAGCCCCGAGGAAACGACAGCGUCCGUCGAAACGUAUAACGCAACUGACCUUAUCCCGCACGGAGAAACGAAGCGCAGUAAGUAA